CAUGGCUGCCGCGAUGAAGGCGCAGAAAACGGGACUGCUGGAACUUCGAGUGACCGUGGACCGCUGGAUCCGGGUGCUCGCCACGCUUACCGUGGACACGCUGACGGUAAACCCCGGGGAGGUCGCCGAGGAACCGGCGAAACCCAGCCCGAGUCCCGCCGGUGCCGUCAACGGAGACCCCCCGAACCUCAGCUCGUCCCCGGUCCCGGAGACCAUCACCAACGUGAAGCGCACCGUGCGAGUCACCAAGCAAGAUGUUGGAGGACUCGGGAUUAGUAUCAAAGGUGGGAAGGAGAACAAGAUGCCUAUUCUCAUCUCCAAGAUCUUCAAGGGCCUUGCUGCUGACCAGACCGAGGCGCUUUAUGUUGGAGACGCCAUCCUGUCUGUCAACGGCUACGACCUGCGAGAAGCCACGCACGAUGAGGCCGUGCAAGCUCUGAAGAAGACGGGCAAGGAGGUCAUCCUGGAAGUGAAGUACAUCAAGGAGAUGUCAGCCUUCUUUAAAAACUCGGGGUCUCCCGGGGCAGCCCUCCCUUGGGACUCUCCCCCCUCCACACCUCAGAGGGGCAGCGAUGUCCUCCCUACCGAAGUGAAGGAGCCCCGCAGCAUCCCACUCAAGAUGUGCCAGGUGUCACGGAAACAGUGCCCCCCAGACACAGAAAACAGGUAUUUCGAGGUGAUUUCGUCCAACAGAAAGAAUUCUAUGUUCCUGCGGGCAAAGGACCCAGCCAUGGCCCAGUCCUGGUAUAAUGCCAUCCUGGCUGGCGCUGCUAGCCUUGUACCAAGAGUGAAGGAGGAGAUCAAGGCCAUGCAGCCUGGCAUGGAGGUCAAACAUCUGGGCUGGAUUACAGAGCAGGUCACCCAGGGUCCAGAGAGACCAGUGUUGGCAGUGUUGACUGACAGAGACCUUCUCCUUUACCCCACCAUGCCUGACAGCAAAGACGGACUCAGCAACCCUGCUAAGAGUCAUCCACUCAUCACUACCAGACUGGUCCACUCCGGCCCAGGAAAGAGUUCUCCUCUCCUGGACUCGGAGCUCUCCUUUGGCCUGCGUUCAGGCACCAAGCAAGGCGUAGAGACCCAUGUGUUUAGGGUGGAUUCUGCCAAGGAGCUUUCCACCUGGACUCACCUGCUGGUGGAGGGCUGCCACAACGCUGCUGAGCUCAUCCAGGAAGUCACCACGGCCUGCAGUUGGAAUGGGAAGGAGUGUACCCUGGGAGUGCACAUCGAUGAGGGUUUCACACUAUUCACGGAGGAGAUGGGCGUCAGAAAGAAUAUCCUGCUCCAGCAGCCGUUUGAGCACCUCCGAAUGUCAUCAGAUGAUGGAGUCCGCAUGAUGUUCCUUGACUUUGGAGGCCCUGAGGCUGAGAUUCAACUGGAUCUUCAUUGCUGCCCCAAGACCAUAGUCUUCAUCAUCCACUCAUUUUUGUCUGCUAAGGUCAAGCGACUAGGCCUGCUGGCAUGAUGACUGCUUGUCAGUCCGAACAUCAACGAUUGGAGAAUUCAAUAACACACACAGCUCAGAAGACUCAAACACAUGUGAGGAGAGAACCGAGGAAAAGAUGCUGACUAAUCCCUUCUUUUCAGCCUCUCUAGGCCUCUACAACUGUCAUCUUUGGUUAGGAGGUUAGACACCUCCUGUUCUUGAUAGUGGAAUCCGGAGAAACCUGCAAUAUUAAUGGACUUUGUUGAACUUGUAGUUUUGAGGGAAAGCGAGGUUUACAGUGGGCAUAAGUUAGUGGUCAUAUAACUGAUUUGACAUUUGUCAAAUCUGUCAUGAUAGGUCAUGACGUUAUGAUGGCAAACUGUAUGAUUAUGACAGCCUGCAUAGUAAUGCUACUACGCUUGAAGUCCCACCCAUUCAAUUUUUUUGCCCCAUUGUUUAGUUUUGUUUUGUUUCAUGAGUCAUGGCAGCCGUUUGUCACGAGCGUCCUUUCAUCCAUCAAUCUUUUCUUUAUGUGCCGCGAGCAGAGAUAACAAAAGUUGUUUCGUAUGUGGAAACUUCCUGAUUGAUCUUGGACACACAUUUGCUAUGAAGGCAGCUUGAAUGGAGUGACAAGAUGUCAUGUGCCGAUCACUGAAUGAUCAGUGGUCCCUAUUGAACAGUGUACAGAAUACCAUGUUGUCAUCCCCUAAUGAUAUGCUGUGGUACCUGUUGAUGUGGAUGUUUAAAGCUGUUUUUACCCUGGAUUUUUCCUGAAAAGAGCUACAUCUUUUAAAUGUUUGACAAGAUGUCCAAAUGCCGAAUCAAAAAAUGUUUUUAUCGCCACUAAACAUCAUUUAACUUGCUCGUCCGUCUUCUCCCUGACUCUCUAUAUGUCUUUUUUUUUUCUGUCUGUCUUUUUCCCUGUGUAGUACUUCUUGAGUGCGACUGAGAAAAGAAAUCCUAUAGCCUAACAUAGGAAAAUGAACUAAUGGACUGGGAAUAUUAAAUCUUCUAUUAUGUUUUUAGCUUAACCAACAAAUUCAGAGGUAGACAGAUAAAAGUUGACAAUUUACCUAACAAAUGAUCGACAUCUACCCUGAACCUAAACAGUCCCAGGCUUACAGACUUGGCGUUAUUUUAGCCCAUGUGAAGUGUGCACUAAGAGCUCUCACGAUUUAGGAAAAGGCCUGCUGACAAGAGAGCCAAACAACGGCUCUCACCUAAUCCAUAUUGAUUUUAGAUUAUAUACAAUUGUGAGGAAAAACCGCCAGUCUGUGUAAGCCACUUCUACCGUAGAAAUAAGCAUUCAAGUAUAAUACUGACUUUAGCUCUCAGCCACAUUGUAGGACGUAGUGUUUUCAUCUGUACUUCAUAAGUACCGCUCUAUAAACAGUACAUCAGAUUAGUAAGAAAGGGAUGAUGGUGCAUUUUUAUACAUUGUGGCCAAAAUUUGCAUAUGUCCAUUUAAACACCAUGUAAGAUGUUGAGUUGUUUACAUCAUGAAUUGUGUGAUCAUUUGCCCUCUUUUUUUUGUGCCAGUGGAGCAUCCACGACUUGAGGCCUUCUCUCUGUACAACGCUAAACAGACUUAUAUAUUAAUAUAUAUUUCACAACUAAAACUCGUUUGCUUUCAAGAAUAAAAUGUAUUGUAUAUUCUUAUUUAAACAAAGGUGUGCCUUGCAGGGUUGU